AUGGCUGACAUGGCGGGAAUGCAGCGCGCCAAGGAAGCCUUGCAGCAUACUGCUCGCAGCCUGUUGAGCCAACAUUCAGCAGCCGAACAUAGACUAGCUGACUACGCCGAUCAGACGGGGCGUCUUAAAGGCAGCCUCACUGAAUUAACAGCCAAAGUAGCUGAGGAGCGCGCCAUAGUAGAACAACUGCGUACCAGCCUCAGUCAACAGCAGAAUGCUGUUAAGGUUUGA